CGUUAAAAUCAAAUUAACAGUGCGAAAUUAGUGUAUUGUGAAAAAUGGAUUCCGAAGAGCACAUUCAGACUUUUUUGAAUUGCACCAAACAGAUUUUGGGAAGAGAUCUGUCAUGGGAGAACUUAAAUGUGUCUCAGCUACUAGAUCUUCUUCCAAAACAGCUUCACGAGGACAUGUCCCUGAAAGUAACGCUGAGCAACUGUAUGGGUAUGGGCAAGAGGCCCUAUGUCCCCCCAUGGUGGGGGCAGCUUGCUUGGUUUGUCGUCUUCGCAGUUAUGUUGCUGCUUGCUGUUCUGGGAAAUACUCUUGUCAUCUGGAUUGUCUUAGCUCAUCGCCGUAUGCGUACAGUGACGAACUGCUUCCUUGUGAACCUCGCUGUGGCAGAUCUUCUGAUGGCAACACUCAACGGAGCACCGAACUUCGUGUUCUUGAUCACAGCACAUUGGCCCUUUGGUGCCGUGACCUGCACAGCAAGCAACUUUACAGCAAAUCUUACUGUAUCAGCUGGAGUGUUCACGCUUGUCGCCAUUACUGUUGACAGAUACGUUGCGAUAGUGAAGCCACUCCAACACAGAUUGAGUCGUCGUGUAGCGAGAGCUGCAUUAUUCACAGUGUGGUUUGCUAGUGCAUUGUUAGCAAUACCCAGUUUACUCUACUCUGAUACUUAUAAGAAAAAGUACAUUAAUGGCGAGCGAGAAAUAUGUUUUAUGAAGUGGCCGGAUGGAAGCUAUCCUACUUCUAAAACGGAUUAUUGUUAUAACCUGGUGUUUCUGGGAGUGACCUAUGUGCUGCCGAUGUCGGUGAUGGUAUGGGCCUACGCGAAAAUGAGUGCCGUCCUUAGGGGAAGGACUAUAGGAGAGUGUACUCAUCAUCAGAUGCAGGUCGUCAGAGCUAAGAGAAAGGUAGUCCGAAUGUUCGUGUUAGUGGUGAUGGUAUUCGCAUUAUGCUGGCUACCGUAUCACGCAUACUUCGUUCUGGUGUACCACCACCAGUCUCUAGCAUCAGCACCAUUCGCUCAGCAUACAUAUCUGGCUUUCUAUUGGCUGGCCAUGGCCAACUCCAUGUUCAAUCCUCUGAUCUACUAUUGGAUGAGCAACAAGUUCAGAAUUUAUUUCCGUUUGGUGCUGUGUUGGUGUCAAACUGUGAAAACUGCAACGCCUGACGAUCUCAGAAAACAAUUAGAACUGAACAAAUCGUUUUCAGCGAGCCACAGAAAUUGCCGCGAAGCGUCGUCGUUUACGAGAGCCUGACAUUCGCGACGUCGGAGCAAUCUGUCACGCUCCCUUACGCCGAAUGGGCAGUCGAAUUUCACGUCGGCGCCGAUGACAAAUGGAAACUCGGUAAAAACGAGAAAACGCUGUGAAGAAAUAAAGGACGACUUUGUUUGCGACCAUAGAUUAUAAAUCUAAGUUUUAUAUUGUUCUAGUCAUCUGCUCAAUUCAUUCGCAUAAUUAUUUGUAAAUAAAUAUUUUUAU